UAUUUUUAAUUUCGAUUUAUUUUUAUUUAUCAUCUUUCUCUUUCUCUCUCUGAAACGCUUUGCAGUUGAACCCUAGAAUUUAGAAACGACGACAAUGGUGGUGUUGGUUGGCUGAUGCUGCGCGGCGCCGGUCGUUGACGACGGUGGCAGGGUGCGGCGGCGAGCAUUGUCUUCUUCCAAUGGCGAAAGAGGGUUGUUUCGUUUUGUGAUAAGAAGAGAGAGAAAGAAGAGAGAGAAACAGAGAGAGAGAGAGAGAGAGAGAGGAAUUGGUGUGUGAUGGCUGAAUUGGUGGCCCGAACGGGUCGGCAUCAGCAACGAUAUGAAAAUGGGUAUCGCCUUAUUGCUGGGUGUGUUCCAUUCAGGUAUAAAGAUGGAGAUGACUGUGGCGACUCUUGCUCAGAAAAGAUUGUUGAAGUGCUUAUGAUUAAUUCAUCUAGUGGACCAGGUCUUUUGUUUCCAAAGGGAGGCUGGGAGAAUGAUGAAACUGUUGAGCAGGCUGCUGUAAGGGAAGCUAUUGAAGAAGCAGGAGUUCGAGGAGAUCUAAUGGAUUUUCUUGGAUACUAUGAAUUUAGGAGCAAGACCCUCCAAGAUGAGUUCAGUCCAGAAGGUUUAUGUAAAGCAGCAAUGUUUGCCUUGUUUGUCAAGGAAGAACUUGAGGCAUGGCCUGAGCAAAGUACAAGAAAUAGGAGUUGGCUGGCUGUACCAGAGGCACUUGGAAGCUGCCGGCAUGCGUGGAUGAGGGAUGCCCUACAAUGCUUCACUAAAUGGCAUGAGGGUUUGUUGAUGAGUGCAAGGGGGGAGGAUUUACCUAAUCAAGAGUGAUUUGCUGAAAUAGUGACUACUCAUUUAUACAUGGUACUUUAAUCUUCACAAAUUAAAAGAUUAAUGACAUUAAUGUAGGAAGGAUAUUUCUGAUCAGGUUUACAUAGUUAUCGUUUCAAUGGAUCGAUCUGACUUUUUAUUUCAGAGUAAACUCAUUAUAUUGAAUUAUACGUGUUCAUGUGCUUCAAUUUUUCUC